AUGGUCUUAACAGGUAGCCCUCAAUCAUUUGACUUGGAUGAGAUCCAUGUGUGUGGUAAAAUAUAUUCUCAGCCAGCUGCAUUCGACCGCUUGCAUCUGGAUAGAGAAUCGUUCCUGGUGGAUGUUAUUGCGCAGGGUAAUGUUUACGAAAGUUUGACGAUCAGUUAUAGCCGCAUACGCGCUAUUACAAUGGUCCCUUCAAAUGGGCCACCGCCCAACAAAGCCAUCGUUCGCGUCAAUUUAACAAAUCCACCACAUAUGGGGAAAGUGCCGCUGAACGUACCGAGAGGCCAGAGCCUCUAUCUAAAUUUCGAAAUCAAACACGAGGACUCGAACAGGUUCAUAGAGGCUCUCCGACAGCGUGGGGUAGUCCAGAUUGUUUUUUCUUCAGCAAAGCUGGCAGGCACUAAACGCAAACGGGAUGACGCAGAGUUGCCCAUGGGGGCGCUGAAGAUAUCAAAGGACGAUGGUCCACCCAGGAAGAAGGCCCGAGCUGAUGCUAGCAGCAAUAUUGAAGCAGGCGUCGUUCAAGCUGUACGACGCACCUUGUCCGAGGAUGUAAAACCUUCAGAGACACGUUCUACAGACGUAGAUCCACUGGAGGAUGUUAGAGCAGAAAAUUAUGUUUACAGCUUGUUGGGUGACGAGUACGUUGAGUAUUCAAUAUCGUUGGGAGGCAGCGAAAGUUCCAUACCUGAUAUUCCCUCAGAUUCUGCUCUGGUACAGUUGACGCCGCCAGGCAAGUACCCUACUGUCAUUGACCUCACAAGGACCCCCACUCCAACAAGGGACUGUCAAGGCUCAGUGGAGGAAUGUAGAGCAGGAAAGAAUUCUUGGACAAACACGAACGUAGGCGUACAGUCUGCGGAGACCUGGAAGGCGUCCGCAUCAAACAAAUGCCCCACAGCCAAUGAGGCAGAGGACUUGACAGCAUCCUACCAGUAUUCCAAUCCCAGAAAGUCUAUAAACACCCUCCCAAAGCUGUUCCCAACCCACGCCCACAUCAUUGAUUUAACUUCCGACGAACGUCAUCCUGAGGAACUGCCGUUGCCUGCUACCAUGGAUCAUGAUGGGGGGCGGUGUGCACUACAAGAAGAACUCUCCCACAUGAAGAGCCAACUGAAACAACUUUGUGGAAAAAUUCGUAAAUUAGAGCAGAAUAAUUCGCUCCUUCAAUCUGCAGCCAACUGCCUCAGCGACUUCUAUCGAGGCUGGUCCAACCUCGUCGUAUUAAACGUUGUUAAGCAGCCGUGCGAAGGAGUGGAAGAUGAGAGCGUCAUAUACACCUGCCAGUAUAGAUACGUUGGCGAGGAGAAGAAACUUGACCCUGAGGGAAUGUUGGUUGAGAAGUCACUGACGAUAUCCUUCUCUCUCCACAUCUUCACUGACUCCGAAGACCCUGGAUCAGACAAGGUGGUCUACUACACACCUCUCAAACUCCCCGAGGCAAACGACCAGUUCAACGAUCACCUUGGAUACUGUCAUAUCCCGCGUUCCGGACCCGGACCUAUCACACUCAUCAUUUCCGGAUUUCCGGAUCCGGCCGACUUCUAUGUAUCGUCCGGAUCCGACUCGCGUCUAACUUCCGCGCCUUAUCCCUUUGGUAUUUCCCUUAUCAGUUAG